AUGACUACGACUGAUGAACAAUCAUUCUACUAUUGCAAUUUCGCACCUCGUGCUACUAACUCGUCCCCAUUGGAAGAGGCCAGGAAAGUGCUUAAACAGUUGCCUAACUUCGAUAAGUGUGUAAUAACCCUUUUUGGGGACGGGACUGAAAUUGUCGAAUAUUUUGAUAGUGAUGGCAAUCAGCUUUCUAAGAGAAAUGUCGACGCAGGCAAAUUAGAAGAACCACCCAGCGAUCCUAUAAUUGCUGGCAACUUGAAAAAAUCACAAAUUGAGGCCAGAAUCAACAGGAGGUUGGGAGGAUCACCUCCUUUCGAGACCCUCACGUAUAUGCAGCGCAAAAUCGUUCUUAUGCCAAACAAGAAGUUCGAUAAACUUACUGAUGUGGGUGCACUUAUCGCAUCCUCUGUGUACAGCAAAAGCUUCAAGAAUCUACCUCCAUUUGACUUUAGCAACAUUAAAUCUCUUGAAGAGUGGUACACAGCAGUGGAAUAUACCUUCAACACCCACAAGGGGAUGAGAACAUUGGUUGAGAACGAGAAUAGACCUUUCAAUCCUGAUGAAAGAGUAUUCUCGCACUAUCCAGGCAAGUCAGCAUUUAGGGUAUAUCUAGGCUUUGAUCGUGCUUUUGCGACCCAUCUCAAAAUGAAUGGGAAGAUCACCGAUAUGAGCUUGCACCGAGGUCUGAGUGAGAGUAUCUUCGCCAGGCUUAACAGCCUUCUUAGAGCCAAAUUUACAGUUGCUUAUCGGAUUCGAACCUACUAUGAAUGGAAAUUAAAAACUGCAGAAGCGGUAGCAGAUGACGAUAGCACGCCAGAUCCAGAACUGCUUGAAAGUAAUUCGGUCCCCAAUAUUGUUCCCACGAAGUUGGUAGAUUUCUUGGAAGAAUGUAGUCGCCAUGUGAACCUUGAACGAUGGUUUACAAUUUGGGAGGGGCAACAUAUCUUGACAAUUAUUUCGCAUACCCUCGCUUUAGCCUAUGAGAAAUACUGUGACGAUGAUACUAGUGUGGAUUAUGGAAAGAUCUUUGACGAUCAAAUCAUAGAUUCAGAUUACGAGGAAGUUCCCACCCUUGAAGAAAUGAGAAGAGAAGGCUUGAGUCAAACCAACACUUCCUACCAACCACUUCUUCUUACCACUCGUCACUCGUUUUCUGCUCCCAGAGCCAUGCUCUUCCUACUCGUGUUUCAAGCAGCCAUCCAGGCGGUGGCUGCCCAAGUCUACGUGGGGUUCCCCUUCAGUGAACAGCUUCCCAACGUCGCCAGAACCGGCCAGCCCUACUCGUUCACCGUCAGCGACAGCACCUACCGCUCGACCAACGGCCCCAACAACAUCAACUACUACACCGGCGACUUGCCCUCGUGGUUGUCGUUCGACAAGCAGUCGCGUACGUUCAGUGGCACGCCAGCAGCAUCCGAUGUUGGCAACUUCGAGGUGGCGUUGUCUGGCUACGACACGUCUGACGGCACCUCCAUGACCAACCAGGUGUCGAUGGUGGUGUCCGCCGACUCGGGCUUGCACUUGAGCUCGGGCGACGCCAUGUUCGUGGAAAUCGCCAAGUACGGCCAGACCAACGGUAACGACGGCUUGGUGGUCAAGCAGGGCCAGCAGUUCACCCUCAAGUUCGACAAGUCGGUGUUCGAGUCCAACUCCAACGCCAGUCGUCCCAUCAUCGCCUACUACGGACGCUCCCAGGACAGAAGCCCAUUGCCUCCCUGGAUCCGCUUUGACGCCGACGACUUGAGCUUCGUGGGCACCGUGCCCCAGGCCACGUCCGAAAACGCUCCUUCCUACGAGUACGCGUUUGGCUUCAUCGCCUCCGACUACUACGGGUUUGCAGGCGCCGAAGGUGUGUUCAAGCUCAUUGUGGGUGGCCACCAGUUGAGCACGUCGUUGAACGAAACCAUCAAGCUUAACGGCACGCUCAACGACAACUUGACCGUCACCGUGCCUAUCUUCUCCAAUGUCUACUUGGACGGGGCCAUCAUCUCCCAGCAAAACAUCUCCAGAGUGUACGCAGACAACUUGCCAGACUACUUGUCGCUCAACACCAACAACUACAGUAUUACUGGUAAGUUGCCUUCCUCCGAGACUUUCGACAACUUCACAGUGCAAAUUGAAGAUGUGUAUCACAAUACGGUGGAGUUGCCAUACUCGGUUGAUGCCAUUGACUCGGUGUUUACCUUGAAAAACUUGCCCGAUGUCAAUGCCACCAAGGGCCAGUGGUUUUCCUAUCAAUUGCUCGAUUCAUACUUCACUGAUAUUAACAACACAAAGAUUUCUGUUGAUUACUCUUCAGCUGACUGGUUGACUUACCACCAGGAAAACAAAACCUUGGUCGGAGCCACUCCUGACUCCUUUGAUAAAUUAUCAGUUGAUGUUUCUGCAAGCUCUAGUUUUGACACAGAGCUGAAGUCUUUCCAAAUCUCGGGUGUUUCGCGCUCGAGCUCCAGUUCUUCUUCGUCACCUUCCUCCUCUUCGUCCAGUGAAGCUUCUAGUUCUGCCUCCAAUUCGGGUUCUGCAGCCGCAGCUCCUCACUCUAAGUCAAGCUCCGGGAUUAACCACAAAGCCUUGGCAAUUGGUCUUGGUGUUGGUAUUCCAGCGUUUUUCUUAUUGAUUGGUGCAUUGCUCUUAUUCUGCUGUUGUGCCAGAAGAAGAAAGGACAGCAAUGAUGAUGAAUCCACUGAAGUUAGUGAUGUUGCCAGUAAUUUCCAAGAACUCACUGGUCCUGGAUUUGGUACCACCGUUGACAAGGACGAUCACAAUGAGGAUGCUAGACAAUUGUCGACCUUGAAUGUAUUGAACUUGGACAAGAAGGCUUACGAUAAUGAAGAUGUGAAGAGUACUUCUUCGUCUGUCACACAUGUGGGUUCGGUUGAUGACGAACGCUUCUUUGAUGCUUCGGAAAAGCCAGUCAAGUCUUGGAGAGCUAAGGAUGGUUCUGAUGUCGCCUUGGCAGCAAAGGAUCCAAAGAGAGUUUCACAAGCAUCUUUAAGCACCGUUAAUACCGAACAAUUGUUUUCUGUCAGAUUAGUGGAUGAUGUCUCUAGAAGAAACUCCAAUCAAUCCUCGUCCUUGCAAUCAAAGCAAUUCUUAAGUAACAAUUCGUUGAAUGGCUUGCUCACAAGAAGUUCUUCAGGUAACAUUCAAAGAUUGGAUAGUGAUGGAAACAUCGUUGAAACAUUGAAUGCUACUAAUCCUACUACCAUUGAAAAACCCAGACUUUCUAGAUCUGCCUCUACAAACUUAGAUGUGUUGGUUGAAGAAAACUCCAAGGACUACAAUACCAGUUCGUUAAGACACGAUGAUUCGACUACUUAUCACAGCACUAAGUUCGCUCGUGAUGAUACAGAAACUAGCAGCUUCGAUUUGUUGGCCAAGUUUAAUGAAUCACGUCAUCCAUCGCAGGCCAACAGUGAGAAUGAUUUGAGAAAUCUUUCCAAUUACAGUAUGCCUGACCCAGAUUACGAUGAAGAACUUGACCAAGAUGUUUUGGAUGAAUUUAAGGCCACCAAAGUAAGCGAUGGUGAAUUUAAAUGGGAAGAAAAUUCCGGAAACAUCACCACAUCAAGCAUCAAUGCUCCAAUAAAUCCACACCAUAAUACUAGCUUUGAGUCACCUUCUUCGGACCACUUUAUCUUCAGUAGCUCCGAUCAAACGCCAACUACGUUGAGGAACUCUCCCAUGAAGAACAAUAAUUUAUCUGCACUUUCCCUUGGGUCAGCUAACUCUGAGUCUUUACUAAUCGGUAACAACAAACAAGCAGCCUCGUCCGACAUAACCUUGAACAACCGCCACAAGGCGAAGUUGGUGGAUUUCACUAGAAAGGGUAGUUUGAGAGAAUCAGCUUACGAGCCAGAUUAUCAUUACCAGGGCCAAACCGCACAAAUUCACGAAGAUGACUUUAGUGACUGA